AUGUCUACCACAAAAUCUCUGACUGCUACUAAGAAAGUGGUUAUUCAUCUGAGAGCCACUGGUGAUGCCCCUAUGCUAAAGCAAGCCAAAUUCAAGAUACCUGUAAUGGACAAGUUUGCUAAAGUGAUUGACUUCUUAAGGAGGCAACUUCACCGAGAUACGUUGUUUGUGUAUGUCAAUAGUGCAUUCUCACCAAACCCAGAUGAAUUGGUGAUGGAUCUGUAUAAUAAUUUUGGUUUUGAUGGUAAACUGGUAGUCAAUUAUGCUUGUUCCAUGGCGUGGGGCUAACUAUCAGUGUGGGGUUUGCAUGAUAUAACUAAUGAUAAU